UCUUACUUAUCGGAAUUUGUUUUGCACCGCAUUCGCAUGUCAGUAUCAGAUGUCAGUUGUGUACAAUGUGGUCAAUGUAUAACAAUAACAAAGUACCAACUUUAAUGUGGAUGAAAAAGUGUUUUGAUUAAAUUUUUUACAAAAUGGUGUUUUAAUUGAAUUUUUCUUGUGUGAGCAACAAAAAUGACAAGAUUUAUUAAAAUCCGUUUUAUUUUUCUGCUGUUAUUUAUUCUUCUAAAUACAAUAGGUGCAAAUGAUACGAUCACUAUUUCUUGUGAUAAUCUUAGAAUGGGGCAGUAUAUCUGUCCUCAUCCAGAUUAUGACUUUAUUGAUCCCAAAACUCAACAGCCCAAAGGUUGUACGGAGAAGAAUAGAGCUAGUGUGGUAUGUUUAGCAGCUGAUAGACUUAUCUGUCGAGAAACCCAAAACAAUACUUUCAAGAAAGACAUACCUUGCAAGUGGACUAAUGGCUACUCAUUUGAAACAUCCCUAUUACUGUCUAUAUUUUUGGGAAUGUUUGGAGUAGACAGGUUUUACCUUGGAUAUCCUGGAAUAGGACUCCUCAAAUUGUGUACCUUAGGUUUUCUAUUUAUUGGACAAUUUUGUGAUGUGAUAUUGAUAGCUACACAAAUAGUUGGGCCAGCUGAUGGUUCCCACUAUGUUAUUCCGUACUAUGGAGCUGGAGUGACAAUUGUUACAAGUGAUGACUUUACGUACAAAGUACCACAGUAUGAUUGGUGACAAAAAAUGAAAUUUUCAUGAAUUACAGUGUUUUAUGCUUACUGAAACAUCUGUAGUUGACUGUCUCGAAAAAGUUUAAAAGUGAAAUGAUUUUUGGGAAGCCAAGUAAAUUCUUGGUAACUUUGAAUCUGCUCUGCUGAUGUAAUAUUCCAUUAUGUUGUAAAAAGUUAUAGGUAACAGGUAAACGUAAUCAUUAAUUCUAUGAUAUCUGAGUAGUUUGUCCAAGCAAAUAAGAGCAUAAAAGUAUUUGUGACUCCGAGAACAUGGUAUAACGUAUUUUCUGUAUA